UAAAUAAUGCACACCGCACUGCAGUUCUCUCUUCGUCGUGGUUUAUAGUUGUGCCUCUUUUUUGUUUAAGGAGCAGGGUAGGACGAUUCCUGCACUGGUGUAAGCAUAAAGUGUAUGCGAAACAGUGACGCCAAGAUAGCUAACCCCGACACUGAACGGUAUGGCGGAAAAGGGUGCAGACGGAGAGAAAGGAGGAGGAGGAGAUAGUGGGAAGGAGACAGGGAGCACUAGUAGAUCCUCUUUCCGCUCCCUGCUGCCGCAGCAGAGUUCCAAGGACGGUCUGCCGUCUUCUCCGAGUCCUGGGCGGAAUAAGUUCAGUGCUGCUCAUCGCUCAAAGUCAGCCUCUCAGGCGACGAGUUUUAUAGACUCAGACUCGUAUGUGGUGGUGGGGAAGGAGCAUGUGGUGGGGGAGAACCAGGCUGCUGCCGGCCUGGACUCUCCUCCUCCUCCCAGGGACACUGCCUCCAGGGCUACCCUGGGAAGAGAGCCGGCCAGAGACAGCUCUACAGAUGGUGGAGUGAGGGCUGAGGACGCUACUGCGGAGGGAGACAGAGACAGUGCUGUAGACUCUGAUUCUGCAAAGGACAAGGAGAAGAAGAAAGAGACAAGUCGUUUCUUUUCGCCUCCCAAGAUGCGAGGAACAAUGUUCCCGUUUGACCAGAUUGCAGUGCCAAUGUCCUCCCAUCGCCAAAAGAACAUGGAGCUGCACAGAAUAUUCAGCUCUCUCAACGGCUCUGAGAAACUCAUUGACGACUAUUCGUGUGCCCUGCACAGAGACAUAUUGGUCCACGGAAGGGUCUACAUCACACAGAACUGGCUCUGCUUCUACGCCAACAUUUUCACUUGGGAGACGCUGCUAACGAUACCGUUUUCCAAAGUGACGGCCAUCACGAAGGAGAGGACGGCGUUUGUGUUCCCCAAUGCAGUCCAGGUCACCACCACGGCAGAUAAGUACACCUUCUCCUCUCUCAUGAGUCGAGACAUCACCUACAACGUCCUCUUCAAAGUCUGGCAGAACAGCCUCCUCAACGAGCACCUGCGUCCUCUGGAGCUGGUGAAGGCGGCCCGGAGAGCGUCUGGGGACACCACUGACGUGGGGACAGCUGAUGAACUGUGGGGGGCAGAUGAUGGGUGUCCCUCUGCCACCGUGGCUGACUCAUAUCGCCUGAUGCCAAAGGUGACGACAUCUCUGCCAACAGUCCUGCCGACCCACGUGGAGAUCAUGCCCAGUCCAGAGAACAGCCCCCAUUUCGUGGCGUCGGUCUCUCAGCCGGCGGCAGAUGAUGAUGAGAGCAGUCCCCUCACUGCACCUGAUGCCCAGGACCACGGAGCGGUGGACAACGAGGGGAACGUAGAAGCAGUCAAGAGUAAGGAGCAGCUGACACUCCAAGACCUGCCUAGAGGGAGACAUCCUGCUAAUGGACACACGGACACACAGAAAGCCAACAACAAGGACUCACACAUGGCCUCUCGUGGCGGCUCUGACCGCCAGCAGCCCACCUCCACGACCCCAAUGACCCCAGCGGCAGGGCAGUUACCGGAUGUGGUGUCCAUGGGAGGAGAGAGUCUCGGGAGUUUCUCUGAGGAUUUCGAGACUGUCUCUUUUGCUGAGGAGUCAGGAGAGGUUCCGUGUGGCUGUUCGGAGCACGUUGGGAGAACUAUCAUCAAUGACGUUUAUACGGCAGAUGUGGAGACAAUAUUUCAACUACUCUUCACUGAUGCUAACUUCUUCAGAGACUUUCUGAUGGCCAGAAACACCAUUAAUAUCGACAUAGGUGAGUGGCAGGAGCAGACUGACAGCAGUAAGCUGAGAGACCUCAACUACACGGUGGCCCUCAACUACUCCUUCGGUCCCAAGUUCUCACCCACCACAGAGCACCAGGUCUACUCCAGCUCUGGCCAGCCGGGACUCAAACACCUCGUCCACACUGAGGUGAUGAACCGGAACAUUCCGUACGCGGAGACGUUCUUUGUGUCGUGUCAGUACUGCAUGACUCGAGUGGCCCACGACAAGAUGAGGCUGAGGAUCACUGCCAACAUCAACUACCGGAAGAGCUGCUGGGGAGUUGUCAAGAAUCUCAUUGAAAAAAAUGCUGGUGAUGGACUGCGCUCUUAUUACAACCAUCUCGACAGCUUCUUGAAGGAGCACCUGGCCUCCCACCCUGCCCACUGCCGCACCAAACACCGUCGCAAACGUCAGAGACAUGGCCCUAGACUCAGACACAGGAAGACGGCCCAGCCUGCCCCCUCUCCUCCCUCCCCCACCCACCACCAGCCAACAGUUAGUCUUCUCUCUCUAACUCCCCUCUACCUAUUCCAUAGCAAACACCCCAGUGCUUUAUGUGCACCCUACACUGUUCAUAUACAUAGAGUCACUUCGGAGGUUGAUGUUACGAUUGUUUAAUUAUACACAAGCACGAACGAAGAGAUUAUACAAGGCCUGGUCACUAGCAUUAUAGCUGUACAGGACCCUCUUCUGUUGCAUACUCUCAUUUUAACGGUACUUUUGGUACUAGAAAACAUUUUUUGGUGUGUUUAUGGUAAUUUUGCCAGCGUGAAAGUCCACCUCCGUCGCUGCCCUCCUCUCCCCUGAGCCCCCUCCAACCUACCCACCCCAGCACCGCAACCCUUCACUCUCUCCAACUGAAUGGCUCCACACCCACUGAACCUGAGGGCCAUCAACUAUCACUUCCUGCAAAAUCAGACAAAAGAUCGACCUUCCCCCAAGUCAACUUGGCUCUUACGCUCCUGUAAGAUGUGUGCCAAAAAUCAUCCUCAUGUAUUGAAAGGAGCUGCUCGUCUUUCCCGCUCUCCCUCCAUCCCUAUCUUCCUCCUGUGUCCCCCCUCUCUUAUCCUCUCCCUCCCUCCCUCCCUCGCUCCGGCAGGCUAGGUAUCCUGAUAGUGUCCAACAUGGCACUCUACCAUCACCUGAUGAGCUACCAAUCCUCCUCCUCCACCUCCUCUUCCCCUUCCAGACCUCUACCAGUAGACCCUCUCACUGAGCAUGUGGAGUGGCCUACCAGUGACCAGGAGUGGAUAGCCCUCACGCGGAGACACCUGGAGAGCCACGAGGCUGACAGGCAGCAGUGGCUGGACACACUCGCUGCCAUCGUCACCACACUCGAUCAGGCUGGAACUUCCCUGGACACAGCCAAGAGAAUGCUGACGGAGAAGAUGCAGUUCAGUGACAAGCAAUUCCCCCACUCUCGACCUCCUCCCUCCUCCCCUUCCUCUCAUAGAGACAAGACACAGACUGCACAGCACGCCCACAGCCAGACUAAAACAGGGAAUGUGAUAUAGCAGCAAUUAUCAGGCUGUGUGUGUGCCAACUAUAUUAAUUUUUGUGUGCUUUAGUUCGUGUCACAACUAUUACGUAAUGUA